AUGGAUGGAGUUUUCAUCACAGGGACUGACACAGAUGUUGGCAAAACAUUUAUUUCUGCUUUAUUAGUUAAGGCUUGGGGUUCAAAUUAUUGGAAACCUAUUCAAACUGGGUUAAACUCUUGUCAACUUGAUACAGUUACGGUGAAACAUCUCACUGGUUUAUCAGACAGUCAUUUUGAACCUCCGCAGAUCGAAUUACAAGAACCAUUAUCUCCAUGGAGGGCUUCCAUUUUAGAAAAUGCCACUGUAUCUAUAGAAGACCUUGUAAUUCCACAAAGAUUCAGUGAAAGUGGUCGGCCUUUAGUAUUGGAGGGCGCAGGUGGUUUAUUUGUUCCAAUUAACGAAACAAUGAUUAUUACAGACUUAAUUCAUAAGCUAAAUUAUCCUGUUAUAUUAGUUGCAAGAAGCGAAUUGGGUACUAUAAACCACACUCUUUUGAGUAUAGAACAUUUGAGAAGCAGAAAUAUUAAAAUUUUAGGAAUCAUACUCAAUGGAAAAUUAAAUGCUGAUAACGCCGCUGCGAUAAAACAUUUUGCUAAGGAUAUUCCAAUACUCUUACAAGUUCCAGAAGUAGAUUUAUCUCUUAUUCUGAUAGACAGUUUGUUACCUUUGGUACCUAAAUUAGAAGAUUUAUAUUGA